AUGCGAAGAGGUGCUGCGUUAGUCGACAUUCUCAAGCUUCGUCCUCGUGCUCACGCAUCUCCUUAUAUGGUCCGUCCGGAGGAGUAUCCUAUCUACUACGAGCAGAGGUAUUCGGUGCGAUCGUCGAGGUAUCCUCUGUCGCUCAAAAGCAAGACCAGAGCGAGUAAGAAUCUGCCAGGUCUACCGCCACCUGUGACUCAAGCAGGGGGGCAGAUGAGUAGCAAGCCUCCUAGUGUACUCAUGGAACCACACAUGGCGUACCUUAAGGGUUCAGAUAACAGAUAUCUCAAUCGUGCUGGUACCAAGAGAUCCCAAGCGUCAAACGUUCCGAGCAUUUCGAUUCGCAGCAUUGGAGACGAGCCCACGUCCCCGAUAUCGUCGAGUCAUCAAACGACCCGCUGGAGCUGGACGAAUUCAGAGGCUCCAUCAACGCCUCGCUUGAACAUCGAAAGGAAAAGGACAUCGAACGGAUCUCUGGUUCCAAAUUACAAGCCUGUCGGAUUCGGCAACGACUACCAGCUGUCUUCGAUUCAAGAAGACAGCCUCUCACCUGGAUUGCCGAACUCGAAUCAUAUUCACAAGAAAACAAAUUCUAUACCUAGGGGUGGAGUACCUGGCAAAGCCCAAGAGUUCUUAGAAACGGGUGGUACUGGCUAUCUGCCCCCAAGAGUACCAUCCAAAUCCAAGUCGGCUCCCUGGAAGUCAGUCUUCCGCGGCUGA